CUGUUGCUGCUAUGGUUGGCUCGGUUUGCUGAAAAGGCACGCCCUCCUCCUUCACGAUUUUAUGGGCGUUUCUGUCGUCUUCUGUAUUUAUUUUAUCUUAUUUUCUCAUUCCUUUAUUGAUUAUGGAGUAUGUUCCUGAAGCUGACCCGUCAUCCCAGUAACAUUCUUCUAUUUAUCUUCCUUGGUUUUCUGGUUCUUAUAUAUUAAAGUUCAUCUUCUUCUGGGUUAUUGGAAAGAUUCGGUCUUUUUUGUUUGUUGCUGGCAAAUCGAAUGGCUGCCUGUACGAGGACUUGGGUCUUUGCUCUGUUUCUGGGUGUUUUGCUCGCAGAAAUCAGCGUCUGCGUUUCUGCAAAGGUUCAUAUAGUGUAUAUGGGAAGUGCUACCGGUGAAGGCCCAGAUGGAGUUCUGAGACGUCACCACCAGAUGCUCGCCGCCGUCCAUGGCGGAAGCGUCGAGAAAGCGCAGGCGUCUCAUGUUUACAGUUACAGACAUGGUUUCAGAGGCUUUGCGGCCAAGUUAACCGACGACCAAGCUUCACAAAUUGCCAAGAUGCCGGAAGUGGUCUCUGUUUUUCCAAACUCGAAAAGACGUUUGCACACAACCCAUUCUUGGGAUUUCAUGGGCCUCGUCGGCGAUGAAACCAUGGAGAUUCCUGGGUUUCCCACCGAGAACCAAGUCAAUGUAAUCGUUGGCUUCAUUGACACAGGAAUUUGGCUCGAAUCUCCUAGUUUUAGUGACGCCGGUAUGCCUCCGGUGCCAGCCAGAUGGAAGGGAAAAUGCCAAUCUGGGGAUGAAUUCAAUUCUUCAUCUUGCAACAGGAAAGUAAUAGGAGCAAGGUACUACAGAAGUGGAUAUGAAGCUGAAGAAGAUUCAACUUAUACAGAGUCAUUUAUAUCUCCGAGGGAUAGCUCUGGCCAUGGCAGCCACACAGCCUCCAUAGCUGCUGGUCGUUAUGUGAGAAAUAUGAAUUAUAAAGGGUUGGCCACAGGAGGAGCCAGAGGAGGUGCGCCAAUUGCCAGGAUUGCAGCGUACAAGACUUGUUGGGACUCUGGUUGCUAUGAUGUUGACUUAUUAGCUGCCUUCGAUGAUGCAAUUAAAGAUGGAGUUCACAUUCUGUCUGUGUCUCUGGGUCCUGAUGCUCCCCAGGGAGAGUACUUCAAUGAUGCCAUCUCCAUUGGGUCUUUCCAUGCUGUUAGCCAUGGAAUUCUGGUAGUUGCAUCUGUUGGAAAUGAAGGAUACAAAGGUUCUGCCAUUAAUCUUGCCCCGUGGAUGAUCACUGUGGCUGCUAGUUCAACAGACAGGGAUUUUGUAUCUGAUAUUAUUAUGGAAGAUGGUACCAAAUUCACGGGCGAGAGUCUCAGCCUCUCUGGAAUGAAUGUCUCUGCAAGAAUCACCUCUGCUUCUGAAGCCUAUGCUGGAUACUUUACUCCUUACCAAUCCAGUUACUGUUUAGAGAGCUCAUUGAACAGUACCAAGGUCAAGGGGAAAGUUUUGGUAUGUCGACAAGAUGAUGGUUCGACAGAGUCAAAGCUGGGAAAGGCCGAGGUAGUGAAGGAAGCUGGAGGAGUUGGGAUGAUUCUCAUUGAUGAUGCAGAUAAGGAUGUCGCCAUCCCUUUUAAAAUACCUUCAGCUAUAGUUGGAAGAGUGACGGGAGACAAGAUCCUUUCUUACAUCAAUCACACACGCAAUCCAACCUCGAAGAUUCUUCGUGCAAAGACUGUUUUGGGAUCUCAGCCAGCACCUCGGAUUGCUGCAUUUUCUUCAAAGGGUCCUAAUUCCUUGACACCAGAAAUUUUAAAGCCUGAUAUCUCAGCCCCUGGAUUAAACAUCCUAGCGGCCUGGUCUCCAGCAGCAGUUGGAAAAAUGCAAUUCAACAUCCUUUCUGGAACUUCCGCUGCUUGUCCACACAUAACAGGAAUUGCAACCUUGGUUAAAGCUGUUCAUCCUUCAUGGUCUCCCUCUGCCAUUAAAUCUGCAAUAAUGACAACAGCAACCAUCCUGGACAAGAGACACAAGCCCAUCACUGUGGAUCCUGAAGGAAGGAGGGCAAAUCCGUUUGAAUACGGAUCAGGUUUUGUGAACCCCAGAAGAGUCCUCGACCCUGGCCUAGUAUAUGAUCUGCAUCCAAAAGACUACAAAGCAUUUCUCUGUUCCAUUCAGUAUGAUGAAAAGUCCAUCCAUUUGAUCACAGGAGACAGAAGCGUAUGUAAUGAGACAUUACCUACAGCAUCCAACCUCAAUUAUCCAUCUAUCACUGUGGCUAAUCUCAAAGGCAACUUCUCGGUAAAACGAACAGUGACAAAUGUGGGGAAACCGGGAAGUAUUUACCGAGCUGGUGUGUCUGCUCCUCGUGGCAUCAACGUUACCGUUGUACCAAACCGAUUGAUCUUCAACAGCUAUGGACAAAAGAUGGAUUUCACUGUGCAUUUCCAGAUAGCAGCUCCAACAAAGGGCUAUUCAUUUGGAUUUCUGUCCUGGAAGAAUGGAAAGAUACGGGUCACAAGUCCUCUGGUUGUCCUUGUGAGGCCUUCAGAGAAGGGAUUGUUGUGAUAACUUAUAUUAUUCUACUUAUGUACAGGUUAGGAGCUUUGAUAAUCCUUGCAUAUACAAGUCACAAGCAUCUAUCGUCCCAAUGCAAGUGCAGACUGUCAUAGUCAGCAAAAUUCAGAAAAUUCGAGCAAAGACCACAUGCUUUUAACAUUGAAUAAUGAAUCAAACAAGUC